AACCUCGAUACCAGAAAGCCUCCACUUUUAUCAACGUAUUGAGAAAGACUAACCAAAUUGAUGUUGCGCCCUCUCCAUUUUCAUGCGAAGGAAACGGCACCCUAUCACAGAAGCAGACAGUACAGCAGAGACGCACAGCGCAUCCGUUUGCCUCCCCAUUGACGUCACUUUGGUAUCACAUGAACGAGUCAGACCAAUCCAAAUUGCCCUAUCGAAGUGCUUGGUUCCUUCGUGAAGAUAGGGGGAAAAGACAGAAAAAAGGAACCGUGUCGACGAGCUGUUAAUGAACAAAAACCUACAAAGAAUUUCGCCGCCGACGGAUUAUAACCUGGACAGCGAUUUUUACAUGGUGAUUAUGGAUUAUGCUAUUCUGAAGAGUGGCAAAAUGGAUUUGGCAAUGGCCCGAACAUAUUGAAUAGCUCGUGUGUGGGGGGAGGAAAGACAUUUCAGCGAGAAUUGUGAGGGACGAUAAGAAGACAAUAACCCUGUGAAACCUCUCACCUUUUCUCGCCCAGAAAGCCCUCUGAAGUAUUCUUUAAUGGCUCUUCUGUCUGCCUCUCCUCCGUGUCUUUUUUUCACCCGCACCACUCAUAAAACAAUCGAGGUCGAGUCGCCGUAGCCUGCCAUUAAGUCCUGAUUCGACCGUUCUGGUCUUAGGAUCUCUUUUUUGGACCUAUACCAUACGGAUAACCCUCCGUUGGUUGAUACAGACGCUUAAUAUGGAUUUUAACGGUAGCAGUGGAGGUAACGAGCUCCACAACAAUCAGUUCUACCAGUCCGAGGAAAGCAAGCCUUUACUGGGAGAGAUGUCUACGCCGCCACCACCAGAGGGUAAUAAUAAUAAGCUGGGUGCCGGGCCAUGUCGGAGGACCCUUCACUGCAGUAGCGGGAUGCGUUAUAAACUGCUUCAGGAAGGAGACAUCCAGGUGUGCGUGAUUAAACACCCUCGCACUUUCCUCAGCAAGAUCCUCACGUCGAAAUUUUUACGGAGAUGGGAGCCGCACCACCUCACCUUGACAGAGAGCAGUCUAGUCUCCGCAACGCCCACCGGUUACAUGGAGUCGGCACUCUCCUACAGCUCCAUAGAGGACGUGCAGCUCCUGUCCUGGGAGAACGCGCCCAAGUACUGCGUCCAGCUCAGCUUCCCCGGAGGAACCGUCCUGCUGCAGGCGGCGAACAGCUACCUGCGGGAUCAGUGGUUUCACUCUCUACAGUGGAAGAAAAAGAUCUACAAGUACCGCAAGGUCCUGAGCAACCCCAGCCGGUGGGAGGUGGUGCUGAAGGAGAUCCGGGCGCUGGUGGACAUGGCCCUCACCUCCCCGCUGCAGGACGAGUCCAUCCACCAGGCCCCCCUGCACAUCAUCUCCACCCUGCUGGCUGAGAACACCAACCUCAGCACUCAGGACCAUGAGAACAUCAUAGUGGCCAUAGCUCCCCUCCUGGAGAACAACCAUCCACCACCCGACCUGUGUGAAUUCUUUUGCAAGCACUGUCGUGAGCGCCCUCGGUCAAUGGUGGUAAUUGAAGUGUUCACACCUGUGGUUCAGAGGAUCCUUAAACACAAUAUGGAUUUUGGGAAGUGCCCCAGAUUGCGGCUUUUCACGCAGGAGUACAUCCUGGCGCUAAACGAGCUUAAUGCAGGGAUGGAGGUGGUGAAGAAGUUCAUCCACAGCAUGCAUGGACCUACAGGGCAGUGCCCGCACCCCCGUGUUCUGCCCAACCUGGUGGCUGUGUGUCUGGCAGCCAUUUACUCCUGCUAUGAGGAGUUCAUCAACAGCCGGGACAACUCCCCCAGCCUGAAGGAGAUCCGAAACGGCUGCCAACCCCAGAGCGAGCGCAAGCCCCCCAUGCCCCUGCGCCUACUGCGACAGGAGCCCCCCACACCCCCGCCAGGCGCCCUCCUGCCACCGGCGGCCCCCACGCUCUCGCCCCCGCCGCCCCCCCUGACCCUGCCGCCACUGCAGCCGCCGCCCAUCGUCAACUCGAGCGAGGUGCUGGUGGAGCUGGAGCGCAGCAACAACGUGGCCAACGCGGCCCUGCGGAGGGGCCCGGCCGGCGGGGACAGCGAGCCCAACCUCAUCGACUGCCUGAUGGUCAGCCCCGCGCUCAGCGCCCUGGCCAUCCAGCUGCCCGCACAGGCGGACCGCACGCUUGGCUGCUUCGCCCUCAUCCUCAAGAUGCUGUCUGACUACGAUGACUGGAGACCAGCCCUGGCUAGUCUGCUGCAGCCCAUCCCCUUCCCCAAAGAGGCCCUUGCACAUGCCAAAUUCACAAAGGAGCUGAAACACGUCAUUCAGAGGUUUGCUGAGGACCCACGACAAGAGGUCCACUCCUGUCUCUUGAGUGUACGCUCGGGAAAGGAUGGCUGGUUCCAGCUGUACAGUCCAGGCGGUGUGGCCUGCGAUGAUGACGGAGAGCUGUUUGCCAGCAUGGUGCACAUCCUCAUGGGGUCCUGCUACAAGACCAAGAAGUUCCUGCUCUCCCUGGCCGAGAACAAGCUGGGACCUUGCAUGCUGCUGGCACUGCGAGGCAACCAGACCAUGGUGGAGAUCCUGUGCUUGAUGCUUGAGUACAACAUCAUUGAGAACAAGGACACACAGCUGCAGAUCAUCUCCACCCUGGAGAGCACCCAGGUUGGCCUGCGCAUGUACGAGCAGCUAUGUGACCGACAGAGAGAGCUGAAGGAGCUGCAAAGAAAAGGAGGCCCAACUCGUCUCACACUGCCCUCAAAGUCUACAGAUGCUGAUCUGGCCCGUCUGUUGAGUUCGGGCUCGUUUGGGAACCUGGAGAACCUGAGUCUGGCCUUCACCAACGUCACCAGUGCCUGUGCAGAGCAGCUCAUCAAGCUGCCCUCCCUCAAGCAGCUCAAUCUGUGGUCCACUCAGUUUGGAGAUGCAGGACUGCGGUUGCUGUCGGAGCACCUGGCCUGUCUACAAGUUCUGAACCUGUGUGAAACGCCAGUGACAGAUGCAGGCCUCCUGGCCCUGAGCUCCAUGAAGAGUUUGUGCAGCCUCAACAUGAACAGCACCAAACUCACUGCUGACACUUAUGAGGACCUGAAGGCCAAACUUCCUAACCUAAAGGACGUGGACGUUCGCUACACCGAGGCCUGGUGAGCGCCUUCCCUCUACAUGCUCCACCUCCACCACACCCGAUCGCAACGAAACCUCCGACAUCACCCCGACAUCAUCCGAACGCGUUCAUCCUCAUCGCCACUCUACAUGUGCACCACUGCCAGCUAUCAGAUGGGGAAGGACACAUGGGGUUGGCACAUCUCUGCAGGACCUUUUGACCUCCCUGUUCAUGUCCACCAUGGGAAGAGGGGGGGAACAUGAUUGCCUUGGAUCCUCAUUUUAUCUCAAGGACCUUUUCUGUGUAUUGACAUUUAUCUAUACGAACCGUUUGUUUUUGGCUUCAUCAACCCGCAACAAUAAUUUUUUUUAUUAUUUUUUUUUGUUCUUGCGUGCUCUCUCUCUCUCUCUCUCUCCUCUCUCCUGCUUUAAAUUGCUUGCCCCACUUUUCAACCCCACCUCCUGUUAGCAUGCCAAUGCUCUUCAGGAUUGCUCUUCCAGGCGCUGCUCAAGUUUUCAUUUUGUAACUCCUUUUGUUGUCAUCUCUCGGCACUCCUUUAGAAUGAAAACAGACUGGUUACACACCUUUUUAUGUCCUCAAAAAAAGACUGUCUGUAUCAAGGUUUCUCUUCUCUCUUCUCUGCUGCACCUGUUUCGCGUUCUUUCACCCAAGGGUCACCUUGUUCAUCGUCCCUUUGCUUAAUGAGCGCUGGACUAGCCCGAGCCACAUUCCACUCUUGUUUGGGCCUUGCCAAGUGUCCCUCUGUACAAAACAAAACAUGAGAUAUCUACAAGAGCUCACUUCUGUUGUUUAAAGCUUUGUACGCUUCGUAAAGCUUUUCCCUGCUCGUUUUUGGACGUGGGCAGUCCUCAACCAAGUGAAUCUCAGCCUCUAUGAGAUGGGUGAAAGAUUGUGCCUCUCUUUUUCUCUCACUCUGUUUCUCUCUAUAUAUAUCUCUCACUUUCUCGCUCUUUCUGUUUCUCUCUUUGAUCUUUAAAUACUGUCACUCCCUCAAAAUCGAUUUUUAUCAACUUGAAUGAACAUAUUUUUCCAGACAUCUCUGCUUUCAUAUACUUGUGUGUUUAUAUAGAACAUAUAUAUAUAGUAUAUAUAUAUAUAUAUAUAUAUAUAUAUAUAUUAAAAAAUAUAUUCCCUUCUGACAAUUUUAAGCAGACAUUUCAGGGCCUCUGCUUUGCAGCCUGAUACAGUAGUGGACUAUCUUUUCUUUUCCUUUUGCAAGUUUCAGUUUUGUUUUCAGUGUACAUGCGACUUGCUCUAACCACCCAUAUUUAAGAGAAUGACUGUGUAGAAGAGAAGGUGGUCUGGGACCACCCUGUAUUUAUGAGUCCUCGCUUUUUAUUUUUUUUUAUUUUCCUUUUGUCUUUCCCUACCUUGAAUUCUCAGCCCUGAGCUGGUAAAGUACUUAUUUUGGACUUUCUGGUGGCUUGACAUUCACACAAAGCUGGUGUGAAGGAUUGUGAAAGUUGGAUGUGGAAGAGGGAGGAGCCACUGAGCCAGCAUUAGUGUGUCGUGUGUCUGCCCUCCUCUACUUUCUGUCUGUAGGGUUUUAAGAUUCACGUAACUCUGCUACUGUAAGCUGACAUACCUGCUCCCAUUGCUAGGCCCAGUAUAUUGUGGCGUAUCAAUCUUUUUUUUUUUUCAUUGUUAUUCAGUCUAAAUGUAUCUUUGAGUGCUGUUCAAGCACUUCAGCGUUGGCUUUGCAUUUGUGUUCUUUUUAAACAAUGAAAACAUUUUCUUGUUUUUAUUUUAAUACAAGAUUUAAAGAGAAACAAAAGAAAAAUAACAAUCAAUUUUAUAUGUUUGUUUGACCCCUUGCUGGCGCGUCUGUUUGAACAGGACAUUGACGUGUGCAGCGAAGGGGGUUGGGGUUGGGGGUGGGGGUGGGGGGGGGGUCACUCUCGUACUGUUUCUCCUCGCCCCAAGAGGAAGCCCAAGGACUGACGGCGGAGGUGUCACGACACAGACACUGUUACUGUAGAGUCACAAACGGGUGGAGUGAUGCGAGUGCUAACAAACCAGCGUUCCGAUCUGUGGUAACCACGCCCAUUCAGACUGCUGGGGGGAGGGCCUAGAACUCACUGUCCGGCCUCCUCCCUCAUUGGCAGCCUCUGUGAAGUCACUCUGCUUUGAUUGGCUGGCAGGAGCUGGUACCUUCCUGUUUCCUUGUCUUUUCCUUGUCUGUUUUAUUGGACAGUUUCCCUUUAGGAGAUGGCUAUUUGGACUGACCCCACAUUGUCGGGUCCAAGUAUGUGCAAUUUUUAAUUUUUUUGGAAGUUGUUUGGUACCUAGGGAUGAGGCCUGUCCAGUCAGAGCUGGAGGAGUGUGUGUGUGUGUGUGUGUGUGUGUGUGUGUGUGUGUGUGUGUGUGUGUGUCUGUCUGUGUGUGUGUGUGUGUUGUUUUUUUUGUUUCGUUUUUCUAAAACUGGUGUGCCACAAGUGGUCUGCCACUCAGCCAAGCCGCCCCCGCCCCCCCCGUCACUUCCUGUGUAAUGUAUAUACUUGUGUAUAUAAUUUUCUCCUCUCUCUCUCUCUCCCUCUCCGUUUCGCUGUGUACAUUUCCUCCUCCUCUUCAACUGUAUAUCAGUUCCUCCCCCAACUCUCCUUUCUUAUUUUGUUUCUCUUUCUCUCUGGUGGGAGACUGCUGUUGCCUUCAUCUUCAGUGUGUGUGUGUGUGUGUGUGUGUGUGUGUGUGUGUGUGUGUGUGUGUGUGUGUUCGUUUGAACUUCAGACCAGCUGCACUGUAAAUUGACUGUUGCGUUUAGUCCAUUUGUUCUCUCCCCGGCACCAGGUUUUUGUUUUUAUUUUUUUUUGCAGUUGUCACAAGACAACUUUUGUUGCCUAUUUUUUUAUGUUGUUUAUGGCAUUUUGUUUUGCAUGAAUGUUACAUCAGAUUAUUUACUUUUUUGCGUGUGUGUGUGUGUUUUCUUAUUUUUAUAACUGUAUGUGAAUGGUAGAAUAACGAAAAGGAUCAGAUCACUAGCUGAGGGGGGAGAGCCCUCUCACCCUCCAGUGGCCCCAUGCCCCUUGUGUGUGAGCCCAUAGGAGCAUAGCCUCUUCUGUGUGCGUGUGUGCGCGAGCGUGAGUGUGUGCGCGAGCAUGCGUGGGUGAGUGUGAGUGUGUGUGCGCGAGCGGGUCUGUAAUGUCACCAGCAGGAAGGAAGCUCUCGAUAUGAAGACUGCAUCAUUUACCGUCAACAGCUGGUGUUGCAAAACCUGUGUGUCAAGCACACCGUGUGUGUGUGUGUGUGUGUGUGUGUGUGUGUGUGGACACUUCUGGGGGUGUUUUCACUCAGGAAAUGUAUCAUGUAUGGAGAGGCUUAGACGAGCAUGACUGAACUUCCUUUUUAUUUUUUACCAAUGAAUGGUUUGUGAGGCGGUGCUCCCAUAAGUGGACCAUUUGUGCCAGUGGGCAUGUGGGUGCUGGGGGGGUCCCUAGGACCAGUGACCCAAAGGAGACUCUUGAACCCUGACAUCCUGUAUUCUACAUGAGAAAAAACAUAUGUAAACAUUUCAAAAGGGUUAAUCUGCUCCUCGCUACUCAAGGAUAUGGAAGGAGUGUGGGUUGGGGUGAGGAUUUAUUACUGUAGAUGAAAUACGUUCUUAAAAGAGGACAUCUCUCUCGUAUACACACAUACACGCACACACACAUCAUAUCUCCAUCCUGUGGAGCUUUUAGUUUUUUUGCUUUAGUGUCUCCUCCUCCACUUCUCCCCAGACUCCUGACCUUUAUUUUUCACCCACACUGUUUAUAUUAUAACUUGAUAACCUGCUCAGAUAUGUUUUUUGUUUUAUGCUUUUUUUGGAGAGAUUUAUAUUGUUGAAAGUGUGACUGCGCUUGAGUCUUAAACGUGGUAAAAAGGGGCGGGGAGGGGGUCUGCCUCUUGAGGUCCCUCCACUUCCCAUGUUGGCGCAGUCAUGUACAUAAAUGAACUACAUCACCCAUAAUUCCUGGAGUUUUUGUUUGUUUUUUUGCAGAUAGAAUCCUUGACCCCUUUAUUUCCUCCUGUCUGUGUUUAAAAUGCUUUUACAGCUGGGUUACUGCUGCUGCUGAUCUGUGGCUGUCGUAAUGAAAAAAUACAAGAACUUUUAACGGGAAAAAAAGAGAAAAAAAAAACAUAUGAUGUGAAAUAAUUUCAAUCAAGAAUAAAACUGUCUGUGAAUAUG